AUGGCCGACGCGAUAUCAUCAUUCAUCCGGAGAGUAAUCGUCGAAUCUCCUCCGGGAGAAUGGGCUGUGCGACAGCUUCGCGAGCUCCUCGUUGGUGCCCUUAAACAAGGUCCAAUUCCCCAGCAUGUGUCAUUCGAGAUGGACGGCAACCGACGAUAUGCCCGAAACCACAGAAUGGAAACUGUCGAAGGCCACCACCGAGGAUUCGAGGCAUUGGCGAGGAUUAUGGAGAUAUGUUACAAGUCCGGUGUCAAGGUCGUGACUGUGUAUGCCUUCAGUAUCGAGAAUUUCAACCGUCCCCAGUAUGAGGUAGAGGGCCUGAUGGAGUUGGCCAAGGUCAAACUGGAGGCAUUGACCAGAUACGGCGAUUACCUGGACAGUUACGGUGCCCGGGUGCGCGUUUUGGGAGAGCGCGAGAUGAUCCGAAGCGACGUCCUCGAAGUUGUCGAUAAAGCUGUCGCGAGAACGAGGCAUAACAACAAAGCUGUAUUGAACAUUUGCUUUCCUUACACAUCACGGGCCGAGAUGACACAUGCGGUGAAGUCAACAGUCCAAGAGUUCCUCGCCCCCCCUCCUCCACGAGCCACACCCUUCUCUCCGAUGCGAAUUCGCCAGAAGAUUCUUCUUCGUCAACGGGACGACCACGCGGGUCUACCCACGAUCCACGAUACCGUAGCCGAAGAGACCGAGCCCUCGGAGGACGGCGACCUCAAGAAAGACAGCGACGAAGACUCAUCAUCAACCACGCUGCACCCAGAUUCACCCCCUCCUCAGCUGCGAGCACGAAAGAGCGUUACCAGCAUUUCAGGCUUACCGAAUCCCGAGACUAUCACAGCCGAGACUCUCGAUAAGCAUAUGUACACCGCAAACGACCCACCACUGGACAUUUUCGUGCGAACCAGCGGCGUGGAACGACUCAGCGACUUUAUGCUCUGGCAGUGCCACCAGGACACACAAAUCUUCUUCAUCGAUACCCUGUGGCCCGACUUUGAUCUCAAGGACUUCAUCUGGAUUUUGUUGGAGUGGCAGUGGAGGCAGAAGCAGAAGGACCGCGACGAGUCGCCAGUCCGGCCUGCUUCCGUUACGGCUUGA